UACUUCAAAUGUGCCACGUGCAAACUACACGAAAAAAGCAAAAAACAGCAAAAUCCACCAGAUACAAAGAAGGACUAAAACCGAACCGAAAUCGAUAACAACAGCAUACAACUGCAACCGAAUCGUACAUAUACCAAAGAAGAGAACAAAAAAAUAUGAACAACUUGAGAAAAUUAGUUUUUCUUGUUUGUGCAAUAAACUUUGCAGUAACUUUAGUUCGAACAGAUUGGUUGGUUAAAUGUGGUCCAUGCAAAUGCAAAUGGAAUUCCGGUAAAAAGACUGCAGAUUGUAAGAAUGCAUCAAUAGCACGAGUGCCCAUCGAUUUGAGUCCGGAAAUUCAAGUGUUGGAUAUGUCGUCGAAUAUCAUUCCGGAACUGCAUAAUGGGGAAUUUGUAACCACCGAUUUACGUAAUUUACAUAAAUUAUUCAUACGAAAUUCCACACUUAAAGUACUCGGAAGGGACAGUUUAAAGGGACUGGAGAUAUUAAUUGAACUUGAUUUGUCGUUCAAUUUGAUACGAACGUUGCAACGUGGAACUUUUGUGAAUUUGGUGAAAUUAAGGGCGCUCAUGCUGAACAACAAUAAGUUGGAAAAACUGGACGACGGACUAUUUCGAAAUUUGAAAUUUUUACACAAAAUCGAAUUGAAAGACAAUUUGCUGGUGAAAAUUGAACCGAAAGCUUUCACCAAUUUGCCAGUGUUAUCGCAAAUCUAUUUAGAUGGGAAUCGUUUUACUACAAUGAAUCGAAAAAUUUUCGCCGACCUUGACAAAUUGACAAGCUUAUCGUUAAAAUUGAAUCCUUGGAAUUGUUCAUGCGAAUUGAAAUCAUUUCGUGACUUUACGUUUCAGCAAAACUUGUAUACACCACCGACAGAUUGUUAUCAUCCAAUAAAUUUACGUGGCACCCUAUGGAGUGAUGUAUCGACCAAUGCUUUUGCAUGUAAGCCUGAAAUAUUGUCACCAUUACCUGAUGGUACAACGAUAAAUUCAUCAAAAGAAAAUGUGACUUUAUCAUGUCGUGUCCAUUCAUCACCAAAUACCUUCAUUACAUGGAGUUUUAAUCGACAUUCGUUUUCAAAUUAUCCGAAACGUAUUUUCAUCAAAAACAAUUCGGAAUCAAAUCAACGUGAUUCAAUGGAACUGCUGACAUCCGACCUAACAAUUGUUGGUGUAAAGAAAAGCGACGAAGGCACGUAUUCCUGUAUAGCGGAAAAUGCGGCCGGCAAAGCGAACGUAGACAUUGUACUUACAGUACAACGAAAUCUAAAUGAAAAUCUAUUUCUUUCCAAUAAUUUUUUGUUCAUUGUGUGUCUAUUGGUUGUCGGUCUGUUCGUUGUGUCAUUCAUCGGACUGAUGAUCACUUGUUGCUAUUGUCGAAAAUUCAAAAAGCUUGCCAAGCAGGAUCUCGACAAUAAAAAACAAUUUGAAACGAUUAAAAUGAAUUCGUUCAAUAAUGGAACACUGAUGGCCAAUGGCACAACCGAUUUCGAAAUACAAAAGCAACAGCAGCCACAUCAGCAGCAUCAACCGCUACAGCAAUCAUCAAACGAUUUUAUUCAUGCGGAAAAAUCCGAGAUAAUUGGAAACGAUACGCAUGAAAUUAAAUGCGCUUUAUUGGGCGAUAAAUUUGCGUCAGAUGUUGUCUCAUUUGAAAAAACAAAAGAUCAUUCGAAUGGCCUACUCCUUUCACCCAACCAUCAGAAGUGUAUGUACGAACAGCAUGACGCCCGAUUUCCACCCGAUCUACUGCCGUACAGUCAACCAAAAAUAGCUCACCAGAACACGACAGCCGUGUUGGAAAAUGGCGAAUACAUAACACCAUAUGAUGAAUCACAAUAUUAUAAAGACAAUACAACGAACAUCUUGCAAAACUGUCCGCAAGAUCUCCGAAUAUAUGAAGACUGCAGUAGCAGUAGCUGUAGUGUUAGUAAUAGAAAUAAUCAUGUUCGUCAAAAUAUUCCAAGUAGUUCAAUUCCGAAACUUACGGAUACCCUACCGUGUAAGCCUAGACAGUCCAUUGUACGGACAUCACCAUCAUUUAGCUUCCUAUCUGCGGGCUAUCAACAACAAAAUAAUUUCCUAUGAUAAUGUUUUCCCCGGAUACGGUGAUAGUGGAGCAGAAUGUAAAGUUAAAAUUUGAAAAACAAAAUGUUGUAAUGUUAAGUAGGAUUCGGCCUUAAUAAGGAGCAAAUGAGAAACAAUCGAGGAAACGUGUGUACCGAGAAAGGUAUUAGCGCACAACUUUUCUCUUUCAUUAUUUAUUACUUUGACGGGAGCGGUGGUGCAGACGAAAGAUAUGGAAAAUCCUGUUGCCGAGAGGUAAAAGCUUAUUAAGAAUUCAUUUGUGUAAAACUUUGACAUAGAAAUUCACUGUCAAUUAUUAUACCGACCGAUUCACCACUCACAACAUAAUAUUUUAUUUAAUGAAAUUUAUUUAUUUUUUUCUUCAAACGGUAAAUUGGAUUUAACCUUUUUCAAAAUCAGGAAACAAAAGGAAAAUAUUGGUUCAACCAAACCCGAAAAACAUUUUAUAAUCAAAUUUUCCAAUCUUUUUUCUCUCUCUCCCCCCCUCUCUCAUGAUCUCUCCUUUGCACAACUUGAGUGUAUUUUCUUAGGAAAGUGAUGGGUUGUUUAUUCGAGAUUUCUUAGUCAAAAGUUCCAAUGUUAGUGUAGUAAAAUUUUGAUUUAAUGAUUCAAAAAUUAAUUUCGCUAAGGGAUAUAUCCAACAAAAAAGUUUAUUUUUGCUUCGUAUUUAUGAGCCUUGGCAGUAGACAGAAACCGGAAGAACAAUGUACAUCUUAUACAAUGGUCGGAGAAUAAUUGGAUUUAACUUGGAAUAUGAU